AUGCGCCAAUUGGUAAAUCCACAUACAUUCGGCCGACCCUCUAUUGGCUUGGCACUGUUUGGGUGCACGAAUCGGCCAUUCUAUCGAAUUUGCAUAUUUCCGGAUCCGAAGUUGGGUCGCCGGAACGAGGAUAGUAUUAUUGAACAGGUGGGUGUUAUACCUUUAUUUUAUUGGGUUUUAGGUAAUGGAAUGAAGGAGUUUUGAACUUAAAAGAAGGAAAAGAUUAUGGAAAAGUUUUUUUACAUAGUUUUAGCGUUUGCGUUGGGUUUGGAAAAAGUUAUGAGCAAAAGCAUAUUAUCAUAGGUAGCAAAAAUGUGUCUUUACAAAUAGCUAGUUUUUAUAGUGAGUCCAAAUUACUAAAUAGGUUUUUUGGUGUAAAAAAGAAGUGUAGCUUACGAUUGACCUUAAAUAUUACAAUUUGAUCUUUAACUUGAUGUUUUACUUACAAAAAACCUUAUUUUAGGUCGGGACGUUUGAUCCGUUGCCAAAUUUGCAAAACGAGAAGUUGGUGGCUUUGAAUAUUGGAAGGAUAAAAUACUGGCUAGGAGAACGUGAAGCUAGAGUAUCAGUGCCUGUUCUUGAGCUUUUGGGUAUGUUUUGCUUUGAUUUUGGCAUUCUGUUUACUACACCAUAACUUUCUGCUUAGUUUUUGCUGUUUUAAUGAGAAAUUGAUUUUAUUUUUUAGUUUCUUUAGAUUAUAAGACUAAAUUUUGGAUAUUAUUAUAUAUUUAAGUAACAUUCAUUAAAUUUCUUUUAGGUCUAGCCGGUUUGCUUCCAAUUCAUCCAAAAACCUUUAUCCGAGCGAAAGAAGCCAAAAACAAUGUUCAACAGGUGGCCGAAGAGCCAGUAGAAGAACCCCAACAAGCUCAAGCCUAA